AUGUUUGAGCGCCGCGACAUCAGCUCCGUCGGCAUCCUCUUCCAAGAGUAUUUUUCCAUCACCCUCGCCACCUGUGACGGAGCAGUCGACUAUGUCGGCCGCAUGCGCGAGCAGCAGCAGCAGCAGCAGCAGCAGCAGCAACCGCAGCAGCAGCAGCAGCAGCAGCCACAGCAGCAGCAGCAGCAGCAACAGCCGCAGCAGCAGCAGCAGCAGCAGCAGGGGCAGCAGCAGCAGCCGCAACAUCAGCAGCAGCCGCAGCAGCAGCAGGGGCAGCAGCAGCAGCAGCAGCAGCAGCAGCAGCCGCAGCAGCAGCAGCAACAGCAGCGGCAGCAGCAGCAGCAGGAGCAGCAGCAGCAGCAGCAGCAGGGGCAGCAGCAGCAGCAGCAGCCGCAGCGGCAUAGGGCGACUGCCCGCUCCUCACCCUUCCUCCUCCCUCGCAUGCACACCCGCUCCCUUGACCCCAUCCUUGGCGUACCAUCUCCUCCCUCCCUCAACCAACUGGAGGACUCCCAUGAGGAGUUCACCAUGGUUCGGCGACAUACUCCCUCUCUCACCGUGCUUUCCCCUGACCUCCUCGGCGCUCUACUCCUUAGCGCGAUCUCCGCUCCCACCAUCUUCGUCCCCUCCACCUUCCAAGAGGCUAUCACCUGCCCUGACGCCGAUAAGUGGAUAGCCGCCAUCUUCCAGGAAUGUGAAGCAUUCAUCCGCAACGAUUCCUUCGUUGACGUUCCCCUCCCUCCUGACGCCAACCUUGUUGAAGGCAAGUGGAUCUUUCGAGUUAAGCAGCUGCCAGGAGAAGACCCAGUCUACAAAGCCCGCUACGUUGCCAAGGGGUUCACCCAGACCUGGGCUGAGGACUACUGGUUCACGUUCGCCCCCACCGUCAAGCAGGCCACCCUACGCACCCUUCUUGACAUCGGUGCACGAGACAACAUGGAGAUUGACUCCAUGGACCUUCGACGACCGGAUAACGGUCUGAAGCAGGCACCACGAGAAUGGCAUGCGAAGCUGUUUGCCACUCUCCAGUCCCUUGGCUUCUCUGCCUCCCACUCCGAUGCCAGCCUCUUCAUCCGCUCUUCCCCCAGUCGCUUUUUCAUCUCGGUCUACGUUGACGACAUGAUCCUGCUGGCGGAUUCCAGGGCCGACAUGGACCAGAUGAAGCGGUCCCUCCAGGAACGUCUCAAGUGCAAGGACCUCGGCCCACUGCAGAACUAUCUCGGCAUGGCUAUCACCCGUGAUCGAUCCGCCCGCACCAUCACUCUCUCCCAGUCCCACUACAUCGGCCAGGUCCUGGAGAAGUUCGAGAUGGCGCAGGCCAAACCAGUCUCCACCCCCCUCCCCUUCGGUCACCAACUUGCGCCACCCACCUCCCCCUCCACCUCCUCCCGGCCCUACGCCGAGCUCGUUGGGUCGCUGAUGUACGCGAUGAUGUGCACCCGCCCAGGGGAAGCAGAGAAGGGGAUGGGGGGAAGCAGGGGAACGGGAUGGGGGGAAGCAGAGAAGGGGAUGGGGGGAAGCAGAGGAACGGGAUGGGGGGAAGCAGAGAAGGGGAUGGGGGGAAGCAGGGAAGGGGAUACGGGGAAACAAGGUAGGGAAUGGAGGGAAGCAGGGAACGGGAUGGGGGGAAGCAGGGAACGGGAUGGGGGGAAGCAGAGAAGGGGAUGGGGGGAAGCAGGGAAGGGGAUACGGGGAAACAGGGUAGGGAAUGGGGGGAAGCAGGGAACGGGAUAG